AUGCUUUCUAAGGGGAAUGCCUUGCUCCUUCUUUCCCUCAUGCAGGGAGUCCGUGCGGAUUGGACUACAACCAUCACUACUGUCCUCACCGUGUCCCAUGGAUUUGCCCCAUUCGUUGACUUUACCACGACACCUCCCCCGAGCGUGUCGACACCUUUGUUAACACCGGCCUCCUCGACACCUUUAAGCAGCUUUGACAGCAAGCACAAUUAUCGAGAGCGGCUCACAACAGUUGUCACAGUCAACGAUGGCAUGAUUCCUGUGAUCCAGUAUAGCCCUAUUCAUUCGUCCCAAAGCUCUACUCCGUUUUUCACAAAAAGCUCAAGUUUAUCGAAGUUUUCUUCUGCAAGCCCUAGUAUUUCUGCUACUGGCAUAUCGAGCCUUUCUACACCCGCCCAUUCAACUCAUACAUCGAGUACAAAGGCCAGCUCCACGCGACUGGUCCCGAUCACAAGUCGCUCAGCAGUCAGCAGCUCUAGCAUCUCAGCCCCGACCAAUUCCAACUUUGACCCAUCUUCAAGUACAGUUGGACCUUCCAGCUCACGCUUGCCAAUGUUAUCCACUACCCCCUUGGUGGGCUCAUCGAGCUCGGUUCCUAGCGCAAGCAGUGUCUCUUCUGCUACUGCUUCAUCAUUAUUAUCUUCUGGAAAAAGUAAAUCUGCUUCUGCGACAACAUCAGUUCUCAGCUCAUCUCCCGCAAGAGGCACGAGCUCUUCUCAGCUGCCUUCAUAUACAUACUCGUCGGCUGAUCUUUCAAAUGCUCCGUAUCUCAACUCAGUUACCCCGAGUGGUAGCGCUUCGGCUACAGAGUCUGCUAUCAUUGAGUUUGGUGCCACAGCUUCACCAUUUUCACAGCCUUGGGGCACUUUGACUGUUCUUCCCUCAGGUACUGUUACCGGAACAGCCGCAAACUCGGACGCUACAGACAUUGCAUUUUUUUUGAAAGGCUUUUACAACAACAUCGGCCAGCUCAAGACGGAUCCUGGAACAUAUAAGAGCAAUCUUGAGGAUGUGGAGAAAGAGUCUGAGGAUUACUUGUCUAAGGUUAACUACGCCUCGAGCAGGUCUCCUUGCUCCGGCUCUCUUAGAAAGAGGUCCCUCUUCGGUGCAAUUGGAAGCCUCGCCUCUAGUGCAGCCAAUAUAGCUGCAGGUGCGGUGAAUGAAGCUACAAGCAUUGUGCAGGAUGCCCUUAGCUGCAUUGAGCCAAUUGCCGACAGCAUGAUUAAAACGAUUCCGGAUGAUGUAUCCGAUGUCACAGAUGACGUCGAGGGUACAAUCAAGAAAGGUGCUGAGUAUCUGAAUGAAAUCAGCGAUAUUGUAACCGAUCUGGAGAAUAAGAUAAAGGAUGACAACGAUGAAAAUUCGUCUUCAGAAUCUAAAUCCUCGACUUCUUCUUCCACCUCGUCUUGCACCUCAAGCACAACAUUCUCGGACUGCACUACAACGACUAUCCUUGUUCCAACAUUCUCUACCGGGAAUGAUGGUUCUGCCUCUCCUUCAACUAGCACAACUACCACAGUUACUUGCAGUACUGCUACUGCCUGCAAUGCUUCCCCGACCUCCAUGAUGACCACUACUACCGAGGCUGGAUCCUGCAAGGUCAGAAGGACCACCAAGCUUGCAUCUACGUACUCGACUUUUGCUUCGUCAAUUCCUUAUAUUCCAGAGACUUCUUCCACUGGCUCAGGUGGCUCUACUACAUCAACGACGCCUCCCACAUCACCACCCUCGUCUUCUGGAAUAUCAACGAUUAGAUCCAUGACCUCGUCAUCAGGGCCAGGGACAGGGUCUUCUUCCAGUGUAUCUUCUUCUUCGGGGGCCUCAUCUUCGCUGGCAGUGACCUCUUCAGGAGCAGUCUCAUUUUCAGGAGCAUUCACGUCUCCCGGAACUAGCUCAUCUUCGAAGGUGCUGUCAUCAUUGGCAACGACAUCGUCUCCCAAACCGUCAACUACUUCCGCAACGCCAAUAAUAUCGCCAACUGCUAGCUCUUACAUUUGUUACAACCAAGGAGGACCCAGUGUUAGCACGCCUUACUGUGAAUGUUCAACAAUCACCGAGAGCCAAACCUACUGGGCUACAGCCUCGCUCAUCUCAGGGCAGUGCUGGCAAUACACCAGCUUCCCAUCCACGAUCACGCUAACGCCGAGCUUUACUCCGACUACCCCUACAGCAACCCCAGUCCCCUAUAUUACCACUGAAACAGAUGGCGAAAUUCUCUCGUAUCCGUCGCAAAUCAUCACCGAUUCGGCCACAGAGGGCGUUGGCACUCCCGUGACAUUGCAAACCCCGUCGCCAACCCAAACCAGUGGCAACGACAAAGGCUCAGGCGAAUGCCACAGUAUCGACGACGCCUGUACGAGAGCUUAUGAACAGUACGUUGAUGACACAAUCUACUCGGCGUACACAUCCUACACGGCCAAUAUUGAAAGUGGCAUUAUCGUGGAUGCAACUUUUGGCAAGGCGGGAUGCGCCGCCAUGUUUACAUGCGAUAACGAUGACUAUGGUUUCGGUAUGACGGGACGGCAGAUUAAGGCUGCGUAA